CCAAAAAUCGAAAGAGGAAGAAGAAGAAGAAGAAAGAAAAAAGGAACUCGUAAGGGCUGCUUCUUCUUCCUCGUCUUUUCCAAUUCAAACCGUUUCAAAGAGGAACAGCUCCAAUGGCGGCAACGACGACGACGAAGAAGCCUGUGAUGUUAAUCGGAAUCGACGAAAGUGAAUACGCAAUCGGCGCUCUGGAGUGGACAUUAAACCACUUCUUCUCAUCAACCAUAAAUCCACCUCUCUUCAAGCUCAUCCUCCUCCACGCCAAGCCAAUUCCCGAAAUCUACCUCGAUAUCUCCGGUCCAGGAACGUUUUUGGGAUCUGCUCCUGGAUUGUACCAAGUAUUGGAUCAGAAUUUGAAGAAUAAAGCAGGGAAUAUCAUGAAGAAAGCGAAAGAGAUCUGCGCGACUAGAUCGGUUUGCGAUGUUGAGUUCGAGGUUGAAGAAGGAGAUGCUAGGAAUGUAUUGUGUGAGGGUGUUAAUAAAUAUGGUGCUUCUAUGUUGGUGGUGGGAAGCCAUGGCUAUGGAGCCAUUAAAAGGGCAUUGUUAGGGAGUGUGAGUGAUUAUUGCGCCCAUCAUGCUCAAUGCACUGUCAUAAUCGUGAAGCCUAAACCCCACACUUAAAAGGGAAAAAAAAAAGACCCAUUAAGUGGAUGUAAAUAAAAUAAAAGGAAUCGUAAUAGGUCUGAUUCUUA